AUGGAUAUGUUCCUGACUGGGCAAAGGCUUCCCAACUUCUCUCAAAAGGAUCGACGGAUCACCAUUGAGAUUAGAGUCUCUCGAAAUUGUGUGACCGCUAUAUUACACAAUGUUUUUACACAUUUAAUGUCCGAUUUCGUUUUUGAGCUCAAUGUUCAUCUUUACUGUCCUUCAAUCGCUCUCGCUAGUACUAUGGUAAACAAAGGGGAAGCGACUUUAGUAGGAGAUUUAGGCAAGAUGUUUGGAGGACUUAAGGGUUGUUUUAAGUUCAAAGAUAAAUGCCCCUAUUCAAUACCCCAGCUUGGUUUAAAUAUUAUUAUUUUUUUGCAAAAUAUACCUCUAGACCUGCAUUUUUUCCCUGUAACAAUGGUUGGUUAA